AUGAAGAUGAAAUGCUCCGGCGGGCGGCCUUGUAUGACCUGUACAAGAUAUAGACAUACGUGCAUCUACAGUGCUCCCAACCGCAUCGGUCGACCUAAGGGUUCCAAAAACAAGACAGUCAGCCCCCCUUCGACGACCGAUUCCUCGUCUUGUGCCGAGAUAUCCCAAGACAGCGAACUGUCCGAGGCAUGGAACUGGAAUCUGCCACAGUCACCAUUACUGACGGGUGGAAAUUUCGAGAUUCCGACAACGACUCGUCCCGAUGAGUUCAGUUUCAGAUCACCUUUAGCGAUCCUAUCGGAUCAAGACCUUCAUACCAAUUUGUCUUCGAGCGCACCUGCUUGUCUGGCACGGACCUACUUGGUUGAAUCUGGGGGUACCUCGUCUUCUGCCGCUCCAGCGUUCUCAGAAGAAGAGUUUUCGUCAUUCCCUGCGCCUCUCUCAUCGUACCCGCUCCUACAGCCUCAGUCCGAUGCUCCAGGAGUAAGGGCCAACGCCAGUAUUCCCUGCCACAAGUGCAACUGCGUGGGCGUGCAGGCCGAAUCUCUGUCGAGUCUUCGAAAACGGGAAGCUGAGCCCUGUCCGAUUGCAUUCCCGAUCGUCCUUGAAGCGACACAGGAUAUCCGGAUCAGAUGGGACGCGCUGCUCGGGUGCUCGCUCUGUCGCAUGGACGGAGAUCACGUCGCACUCUUACUGCUGGCGAUGAGUCUGCGGCUGGUGCUGCGCUGGCUGCAGCUGGUCAUCUACGAUCGCGUGUCCUUAUCCCACGAGCCUCCCACUCCUACUACACAUAACACGCCUCAGCACUCCCGCCGCUCGAGCCUCUUGGCCAUUGACGAGGUGCUCUCUCCCAGCUUACACGGAGACAAGAGCCGUUCGGCGAGAAUAUCCGCUGGCGCCGAUCGCAUUCGAAUAGGGAGCUACGAGCUGCCUGACGAAGAGAACAAGUUUGUGAUGGACAUGCUCACUAGCCGUACGCUUGCGCGGCUGAGGCAGACCCAGAUCGGCAUCACGACGUACUUCCAGCAAUUCCAGGGUGGCGUAAACUGUUCUAUGACGGGCCAGAAGAAGUCCAUCAAUCUCGUGCUGGAUCAUUUGAAACACUCCAUCCAGACGACGGAGCAAUUGGUGCAGAAGGUUGCGCACUAGAUGUACAGCCUCAUCGUGCCAUAUUGUUCUGCGAAUGUGGUCCUGAUGCCUGAAACAUUUUACGUUCUGACUCGAUCAUUCUUUGGCCAAGUCUUUUCUGGUGCGGAU